AUGACGCAAAAGGCGCUUGAAAACCUCAUACGCGAGUUACAUAAAACAAUAUCCGUGCUUGUGAUUAAAGUUGGUGAACUUGAAACAAAAAUAAGUGAGCAAAAUGUAAUUAUCUCUCAACUAAAAUCAGUUACACCUAACCAUCAAGUACCUUCAAUUGGUGAAACGGCAUUUAUUACCCUCACAAACGCCGACACUGAAGUUGUUGAUACCGAGCCCUUACAGCGCUUAACGCGCCCAGCUCGUCUAAAAGCCGUUGAAGCCAUCAGCGGUAAAGCAACGAAGAAACAAAAACCGUCGAGCGCUGUUGAAGCUAGAAAGACUCGUGCGCACAACGAAGACGAACCGAAGACACCCGACGGCGCCCGAGAGUUACCCGUUGCAAUGACGACGUGUGGGGCCAUGAAAUCGACCUACGCAGAUGUGGCGAACGUUACAUCUGAGUAUUCUUCAGUCGUGAUUCAUAAAUCGGAUGAAGGGAUAGAUAAUGGAAUCGAACGCGGUACAGCAUGGACACAACCUCGUCGUUUCCGUCGUUCUGUAAUAAGAGCGACAGGUGAAGCAGACACCGAAUUACUGACUAUUGAACCAGCAAAAUUUGUUCAUGUAUGGAAUUUCCACCCAGAUGUGACCGCAGAAAAGAUCUCAAUAUAUCUUAAAAAGAAACAACCAGACUCAGAUUUUACAAUCAAAAAACCAGACCCUACCCACGAAAACCACAACUGUUUUAUAAUAGGAGGAUAUGGUGAAUAUUUCAAGUUUCUAAUGUGUCCGGGUAACUGGCCAGCGGGAACAUCGAUUCAGCAAUGGUACACUUCACGAAAUCGUACAAAAAAUGUUAGUCAUUCCUUUCGAACCCAAAAUCAAAGAGAAGCCUAA